GAGAAAGAGAGAGAGAGAGAGAGAGAAAACUAGAAAAAAAACCACGUAUUAUUAUUAUUAUUAUUUUUCCUUACUAAAGUGUCCGAUCUAUUACACUAAUGUAUCGAAUUAACGUUAUAUUUGUAUUAUUUAGCACGUUACUAUGGAGUAUAAGUACGAUAAUGAUUAAAAUCAAUCAUGAUAACGAUUAAAUUAAGGAAGAUUAUAACGAUAAUGAUACUUCAUUUUCCUUUUUUUUUCCUUUUUUUUUUUCUUUCUUUUUUCUUCGUAAAGAAACAUUACACGCAUUACAGACGACAUGUAAAGACUCUCUCACUGAAAGGAUCACAAUUACAGCAUGAUUUGUAAGUAACGUAUGGUUCGUAUGGUAAUGAUUAAAAAGAGAUAAAUAUAAAUAUAAAUAUAUCGUGAUUUUUUUUGUUUUUAUACUUUCCUCUCUUUUCUAUUAUAUAUACUAUAACUGUGGGUAAGUAGUUUAUGCGACACCCUGUAUAUAGGUAGAAUUGUAAAGAGAGGUGGGGAAAGGUAUAGCCAAGGAAGGGUCUUUGAGUUUAGGUCGAGUUAGGUCGAGUUAGGUUGAGAGGUUCAGUAGAGCGGUGCACGAGCUCGGCCGCUCAUCGGCGAACGCGCGAUGCUACUUUGGACUUUUGUACGAACAGCAUUUUCCGCUUCCCUUGGUGCUGUCGUGCAGAUAGUGAUCUUGGUUUUACAAAGUUCCGCCACAUCGAGGGUUCAAGCUACUCUGCCACCUGGUGCUGAAGACGAGAUAAUCUUAAUCGAGCAUCUACCUGGUCGUCGAGUCCAUCUGCAAGAUUUUUUUUGGACUGGUAUAGAUGAUGCUCCACCAUGGGUUGAUCCAAAUCAAGGUUUGACAUUUUACGAGACUAGAACGGUUCAUCAUACGGUCACUAUCUAUUCUCCAAAUGAUCAAGAUGAUAAAGGUGUUUCGGCACCUGCACCACCCUAUGGACCCGAAUGUACGACUUGUAUUAAUCCCACUCCGCGUUUAAACGAGGACAACAACGACAACGACGACCACGACGACAACGACGACAACGACAACGACAACGACAAGGAUCAAGACAUUGGGGUUUUGAUUGGCGAAGAUCCUGGACCAAGAUAUUGGUUAUUGACCGUUUUACGCGCCGGAGAAUCCGUACCACAGAAGGUUGAGUUGAAAUUGGCUCGUCUCUAUCGGAUCGCAUUUUCAAGGCAACAACAACGUCAUCUUGGUCUUCUUUCAACCGAUCCUAGAGCUCGCAGAGCUACCAAACAACGACGAUUCCACGAACAAAUGACAACUGGACAAAAAUCAUCAAUUCCAACAAGUACUACUUCAAUCGAAUCGUCGAAAGAGGAAAUGAUUCAAAUAUCCAAACGCGAAAGAAAAUUUAUCUCCAAAUUUCGAAACAAUGACACUGAAAUUCUCAAUAAUAUAUUGAACAACGGUUCAAAUUUCGGCUUGAAAAAAAUUCUACUGACAAAUUUGAAGAAAGAAGAAGAAGCCGACGACGACGACGACGACGGCGACACCGACGGCGACACCGACGGCGACAUAUUACGUACUAAUACGACAACGGGUACUAAUUCAUCAUCGAUGAUUUUCAAAGAUCAACGCCUAAUGAACUUUAGUUCAAAGUCAUCCGUCGAUUGGAGACUGUCCGAAGAAAGCAAUAAAGAUAUCAACUCUACUGUUUCAUCAAAAUUACGUUCCUUGGAUGGAGUCGUACAGGUCAGAAUGCACAAUACAAGCACGAUAGAGAGUGAAGGUACUAGAUUGAUCUAUUCCGUUCAUCUUGGUGGAAAACCUGUGCCAGCCGAGACAGCAGCCAGAGACAUGGCUCUACUUUCCUCUCAAGAAGUUGCUCUUGAGCUUGGUGUACCUGUUAUUAUUCGAAGCGAACCGUAUAUAAAAGAGACCAGACCCUUAGCCCUUUCGAGAAAAAGAGACGUUUGGUUGCUCGUUGGAGCUGCUGGAGCUGCUGUAAUCUUACUAGGUCUACUUCUUACUGGUUUAAUCCUAAUAGCCAAGAGAAAACGAGCUCACAGCGCUGUCGUAGCACCACCGAAUAAAAGUAUACUUAAAAAGGAACGAGAUUAUGUUCUACCAUCUCCUGGUAUCGACAACGCAACUUUCUUGACGCCUGACUACUCGGAAGGCAAGAUCGUAGACGGUACUACCAGUCAAAGGCAAACCCCAAGAACUCUUUCGAAAACUCCUGAUACAACCGCCGACAGUCUUCAUCGUAGCAUCGACGAGUUUUCCACGGAUAACGAGGAGGAAUCUAAGAAACCUGUUGUAGCUAGUCCUUGGAGCAUCGAGGACCAACCUUCGAGAAAAACAAGAGUAAGAAGUCAGGGUAGAAUGAUGAGAACUAACGCCAUCGAUCCACCAAGAACUCCGGAUUCGAUGGAUACUAUUGCUGAUCAUACGGAGAUGUUGGAAUCUCUUGAAAAUGGUUACCCGAGGCAAGAAGAAGUUUUAGCCUCGCCGCGUUCUUAUCUGUCUAUGCCUUCUUGCAAGCAAUUUCCGAGUAUGCGAAGUGUAGAACCACUUUCAAGAGUCCUCGAGCCAGUAACAGUAAAGCAUCUGGACGUAGAUUCUCCCGAAAGUGGAAGACGUAGGAACAAUGGCUAUGCUAGAAACGAUAAAGUCGGCGAUUCGUUUUUAACCAGAUCAAGCAGUACUUUUCGAGACCCCGGAGUCGUUGGACCUAUAGUUUGGACUCUGAGAAGACAAGGAUUAUCUACGGAAGGUAACGGCACAUCCGAAAUAUCGGACGUCGAACAGGUCUUCGUGGGUUCGGGUGGUCCCGUGGGUCGUGCUAGGAGACGCCUCCAUGAACUCCUCGAGGACUCGUUCAGCCUCUUCGGAAGCAGAGAGCCCAAGCCUAGUAAAGAAUUAUUCCAAGCGACGAACACGCGUCCGAACUCUGCCGUACGCACGACGGAUGCUCUCACGAUAUUUACCGAAGGCAAGUACAGUCCAACGUCAAGAACGCUGGCAGAAUUAAGUACUCGACCUCGCACGUCCGUAUCGAGAAGAAAUCUGGUAGAAGACAUUCCUGAAACUGGUCACUCGAAUCAUCCACGUGGUGGUACUUGGGGUUCGAGACCGCUCAGUGCUGGUCCCUUUCACAAACCUAAUCUACCAGAAGUGGAUACCAAGCGUAUUCUAGUGGAUUCUCAACUCUCGCCGGAAGAUCCAGCGGUACCUUUAAUCAGCAGUAUCAAAAAAGAACUGGACAAAUUUUCUCCGUGAUAAACGUUGAUAAACUUUAUUAACGACUAUGAACAACAUAGUGUGUGUUUAUAUGUCGUAGGAUUGCUAAUUCAUUUUUAGAUCGGUAUCAAUUUC